UUGCGUAUCUUUCGAGUUUUGAGAGGAGAGGGGGAAGAGUUUGUUUUGGUUUGUUUACCAAAGUCGUCAGCUGACAAUGCAGACAGCCCUUUGGCAACACACAUUCCCUCCCAGAUUAUGAACAUCCGCGUGACAGUAGCCUCGUUAGGUUUUAAAUUUAAGAGUAUUUAUUCUCGUAUUGGUAGCACAGUUGCAAGUACAGACAGCAGACCUCCGAGCGGCGUACUCAAGUGUCAUUGCAAAUCAAGAAACCCACUGAAAACAGCCACCCUCUUCUGCUCCGCGACGGACUCGGCCACCUCGGCGACGACCGGUGGCGGCGUCAGCGGCGUUAUCCCCGGCGAUGGCCCCGGCGACGGCAAGUUCCUCUACUUCGCGUACGGCAGCAACCUGCUGGCCAGGCGGCUGCACCUCAUGAACCCCACGGCGCAGCGGCACGGCAUCGGCGAGCUCCGGGACUACCGCCUAGACUUCAGCACGCCCGCGUCCAAGCGCUGGGGCGGGGCGCCCGCGACGGUGGUGCCGGACCCGGGCGAGUCGGUGUGGGGCGCCAUCUGGUCGCUGGACAUCGAGGACCGCGACCACCUGGACGAACAGGAGUCGGUCGGGUCCGGGCUGUACGACGUGUUCAACGCCACGGUGCGCGUCGCGGGCGGCGGCGUGCUGCAGUGCCGCUGCUACCUGAUGCGGGAGGUGCCGCCCCGGCUGGCGCCCGGGGAGGCGCGGCCCGCCGCCCGCCAGCCCUCGCUCGUCUACAAGCAGGUCCUGCUGCACGGCGCCCGCGAGUCGGGCCUGCCCGCCGAGUACGUCGAGCGCAUGCAGGCCGUGCAGGACAACGGGUCGGCAGGGGCGUCGCCGCCCAUCUCGCUGGACAGUCUGCAGCAGCAGCAGCCCGCGCAGGCCGCGUGUUGAGGCAGGCCUACGGGCAGCCCGUGCUGCACGGAAACCUGAUCCCCACCACCGACCGACCGACCCGGCCUUGCACGUCGUCAACACCGGAUAAAACUGUAUCGACUGACUUCUCUCUUCCUUUCUGCUCUUCACCUGUGGCAAAAUCACCCGACAACAAAAAAACAAAGCCUGAUUAUGAUAAGAUGUUGAAAAGAGUGUUUUUGCAUGACAAUAAAAAAUAAUUACCCAAGUUCCUAAA